CAACGAAGAUGGGGAUUUUUUUUUUCUCUCUCUUCUUCUGGUCUCUCUCGAAUCAUUCGGGAGUCCCAUGGUUCAGACUGAGAGCUUCGGUCUGUUUUUGUCUACAUAACGGAGCAUCUGAAGAGAGCGAUGGAGCAUUCACCAGGACACAUAAUGCAUGGGAGGAGUUUGGUGGAUGAAAUGAACGAACUUGGAAAGUUGAGAACUGCUAUCAUGAUGGAAAAAUGCUCAAGAAGGAAUGAAACAAUCAUGUGCCCUAAACCAAGGAAAUCAAGUGUCAGGUCAGUUGGAGAAUCCAGUGAGUUGAAAACCGUAGCAGAGCUUUCUAACAUCCUUAUCAGCACGGCUUCGCCACCCUACUACUCUGGCUCCCCACCAAUUCGCUCCAGUAAUCCUCUCAUUCACGAUUCCCAUUUUCAAGACCAAAAUCUAUCCCAGCUACCAGCUGUAGGUUCCAACCGUGCUACUCAAGGCAUUUUAUCAAUGGCCUGAGGUCUUUAUCACGCUUGGGCUUAACCUUGAAAAAAUAAGUGACUUUGUGUGUAUUAUGUUUAUCCUCCUUCCCCCCCACGUGUCAGAUGUAUAUAUACCAGGUUUUGGUGUGAAACUUGUCUAGUUGAGGCUUAUUGUGGCUUGUGCAUGCAAAUGUAUGCUGUUGAAAGCAGACAGCUCUGUUGAACUAGUCUGUGUCUGUUUUCUGUGGUUUACUAAAUAAAUUGGCUGGCUUCAUCUGUUGCUACAA